AUGUUGUCGCCGCUCUCCAGGGCCAUCACCAUCUUCGCGGAGGGCGCUGGGAGUCCGAGCCAGACUUACGACGAGGCGGUUCGCUAUGUCUUCGAGAGCUUGUGGUCGAACUCCACUGAGGACGACGUCACCACCGUUGCUGCUGCUGCCGAGGCGUUCUACUACUCGGAGCAGGCCAAGGACGACCUCAGUACGCUGGCUGAAGAGAUGAGUGAGGCCAUGACAGACCUCUGCUUCACCUCGUGUGUGUGGGACGCCGCCUCCUACUUCGCUGCUUCCUCCAGAUCACCUGUUUACACGUACCUCAUGACACACCACCUCCCCGGUUCCCCUUCCUACAGCACGCCCUUGUACCGCCUUGCAGACGGCGUGGGCGUGAGGAGUCCCUACAUCUUCUCGGGCGUCUCUCACGGCGAUGACCUCGCUCUCCUCUUCUUCCUGCCUUACGAGCUGGGUCAGGCCGGGGCGCAGGACCAGCAGAUCUCCUCGCUGCUCACCUUCACGUGGGCCACCUUCAUCCACACUGGGUCUCCCCAGGCCGCCGACGCCUCGACGACCUCACUGCCAGUGUGGACGCCCCUCGUGGCCGGGGAACCUGUCACCCACUACAUACUCUCCUUCACUCCCGGGAUGUCCGCCAGGCCCUUCAGAAGCAAGGAAAGAAACUUCUGGCGCCAGACUCUGAGCUACGUGAACGAGGCGGCGGAAUCCUACUACGCGUGGGUUAUCACCACGUGGGUCCUGCUGGCGCUCCUGCUGCUUCUCCUGCUGGUCGCGGCGGGCAUCUGCGUGGGCGUUUGGCGUGUGCGGAGGCGAGAUAAAUACCCACCAAAGGGUUCUUCCUCCCUGACCCUCCGCGCGCGCCGUCACCGGAACCCGUCGCUGCAGUCUAGCAGUUCGGGGGGCGUGGCGAACGCGGGCGUGUCGUCAGACCCGCACGCGUGAAGGGGCCUGGCGUGACCGCUCGUGAGUUCUAGGGCGUCAUGCUGUCAGCUUUGUCGGCUCUUCCUGAAUUAUGUUGAGCGUUGCUUUUGGAUACUUUUGUGCGUAUAUACCCAAGGGCCUCAACUUUAAUUUUUUUUCUAAAUAUUUCUUUAUAGGUAUGAAUGGAUGUCUAGUCUAAUGCAUUGAUUUCUAGCAAAUAUAUGACUUUGAUACUCCAACUGCA